AUGCGGCGCAAUAUUGCACAACCAGUGGCAACACUCACAAACGUUACGAAAUUGUCGGCGAGCGGCAACAAAAAACCGACACAACGUCAACAUUUAGGCUACCCAGUUCAUGGUAUCGAAGGACGUUACGCAUCUGCCCUCUACUCUGCUGCCUACAAGCAGAAGAGCCUCGACCAGGUAGACAAGGAUCUUCAGAAAAUCAGAUCAAUUUUUCGAGAGGAACCAAGCUUUAGAGAGUUCGUCUUGAAUCCCACUCUAAAAAGAUCGAAAAAGAUGGUUCUUGCUAUCGAAAUAGGCAAAAAACUCGGCUUGUCCAAGGAAUCAACUAAUUUCAUUGGUUUGCUGGCUGAGAACGGUCGUCUCAGCAAGUUAGAAGCCGUUGUCGCAUCAUUCGAAGAUAUCAUGAGAGCUCACAGAGGCGAGCUAUUCGUUGAGGUCACGUCUGCUGAGCCACUAACCAAGUCUCACGAAUCCGCUCUGGGCGAUGCGCUACACAAGAUGGCAAAAUCUGGACAAAAGAUAAAUGUGACCUACACUGUCAAGCCGUCGAUCAUGGGUGGCCUUGUAGUAACCAUAGGAGAUAAGUAUGUUGACUUGUCGAUCGCGUCUCGUGUCAAGAAACUCAAGGAAGUUAUCGUCGCCUCUAUUUGA